AUGAUAUUUAGUUUUUUGAGUAAAGAUGUUGUUGUUCCAGCAGCGAUAUUUAUUCCAAAAACAACUUUGUCAUCAAUAUCAACAACAACAGCAUCCCAGCACUAUCCUACCAAUCUUGCAACUCAUAGUGGAACUCCUUAUGAAAUUCACUCGACAACACCGAAAACUGCUCAAAUUCAGAAGGUUAAGACAACAGAAAAUCAAUACAUAGCAACCUUCAAUUCAAGCCCUCCAAAGCGUCCAAACUUUCAUGUCAAUAUCCCGAAACAGAACAGAAUUACUCUGAAGAAUCUCUUCCCACCACUAUAUCCUAACAGUUCAUUUUGCUUAAAGAAAACCAGGUUCUAUAUUGACGAUAAAAAGGUUAACUUAAAGACAGAUGAAGGGAUUAUAAACUUAAUUGAUGCAUUAACGCCAUCCCUGAAUAUGAAUAUAUGGUCAAAAAUUGAGCCAUAUAUUUGUCAGUCUAGUAAAACAAAUCUUUUAAUCAUUACAUUUUCUCCAAGUGGAAGUUAUUCAGUUCGAAAUAAAAUUCGUCAAACAUGGGGUUCAGUUAAAUAUAUCUUGAGUGAAACUACAAAUGAACAAUAUCCUAAUGGGUUGAAAAUCAUUGAACAUUUAUUCAUUGUUAAUAUCAGUAAAUCAAGAACGGUGCAAAAUUCAGUGGAAUUUCCAAAACUUAUAAAUGAAGCUGAGAAAGAAAGAGAUAUUCUACCACUACCCUUAACAGGUUUACAGAAUAAUUACGCAAGUCUACACAUUUUAGCCAGACUUAUUUCCAAAUUUGAAUGCUUUAGUUCAGUAUACAACUUCAAAAAGUUACAGUUGCAGUCGAAUUCAUUAAAACACAAUAAUCCACGUAUCUAUUGCAUACCGAUUGAAAAGAAACACGUUGAAUACAAACCGCAUUUACGUUAUGACUCUAAGAAUAAGUUAUCUGAAUGGAUUGGUAAACUGUACCCCACUCAUUGUGAUAUUGAAGCUAGUGGGUUUUUAAUGUUGUUCGAAACACUGAAACGAUGGUACACAUGUGCUCGUAUCUAUAAACCAUUCAAUCCUAUAAGUAUCUAUCUAACUGGCUUAUUAAGCCAUGCUGCAAAAAUUGAGAUUGAAAGUUAUUGGACAAAUUACUGGUCGACAGGUUACCUUCUACCAAGUAUGGCGUUGAAUAAAAAGAGCAAAAGAUAUUUAUUUUUCAAGGGAUCUGUUAAUCAAAGUAACAGAGUAUGGAAGAGUGUGUUUCGUGCAAUAUUAGGUCAGUAA